CGCCCUUUCUUCUUUUUCCAAUUCCACCUUUUUUUAUUUUAUUUUAUUUUCUCUUCCCUCCAUUUCUCUCUCUCCUCCUCAUCUCUUUUUUCCCUCCCUGCUGUCUCUGACCUAAUUGUCUCUCCAUCUCCACCACCAUCACCCCACCCUUCAACGCUUCAUAAUCCACCCACCAUCUCUACUCCUUCCACUAGAGGAUCAGAUUAAUCGAGAUCACCACCAGAGAAAGACGAUGACGGCGGCAGCAAACAUCGCCGGACAGUUCGGAGACACCACGUACACCAAGGUGUUUGUUGGCGGGCUGGCGUGGGAGACGCAGAAGGAUACCAUGAAGAAGUACUUCGAGCAGUUCGGCGAAAUAUUGGAGGCCGUCGUCAUCACCGACAAGACCACCGGAAGAUCCAAGGGCUACGGAUUUGUAACUUUCCGGGAACCAGAUGCGGCAAUGAGAGCAUGUGUUGAUGCAGCUCCAGUCAUUGAUGGGAGGAGGGCUAACUGCAAUCUUGCUUCAUUGGGCGUUCAAAGAUCUAAGCCCUCUACUCCUAAGCAUGGUGGAGGAGGGAGGAACAUAAGGGUGAUGGGGGGUUUUCAUCAGGGAGGAUUUCAGGGGGCGGCGACAGCAGGUGGAGUGAGCGCUGCGGCGGCAGCGGCUGCCUUCGCUUCCGCUGCAACCUUCCCUCAUUAUUCCAUUCAACAAGGCAUUCCUUACAAUCUGUAUGGGUUCUCUCCAUACUCGGCUGAAUAUGCUUACCCCACGAGCUACUACGGUGUGUAUGGAGGAGCAAGCGCACAGUAUCCACUGUAUGGAUCUGGGAGCAGCGGGCUUGUCUCAGGAGCGGCGGCGGCUGCUGCUGCUGCUGCUUACUACCCUUAUCUGAACUUGAGCGAUGGGAGCGGAGGAGCAACGGGGUAUUCGGGCAACCAGGGCUACGGCGUUCAGUAUCCCCACCACCUCUUCCAGUAUUCAACGAUGAACUCAACUGGUAUUUACCCGCCACAUUAUGGCACACCUGUAUCCCUGGCGCCACCAACUCCACUUCAAUCAGGUUUGUGCAUUUUGUUGAGUAAUUUGGUGUUGAAAUAUGAUGGUGUUGAUGAGUGUACUAAUAUCUUUGACAGUCUGCUUUGCUGUGCCGCAGGCGUGACCGUGAGUCUGCACGCACCACCAAUACCUCAUCGUUGAGCUAGAGACUCGUGCAUGCGGAUGAGAUCAUUAUAUUCUUUCAAUUCGGUUCACUUCAUUCCUGAAGUACCUUUGGCCUAACCAUGGUUAUCUUUCUACAUCUCUCUCUCUAUCUCUCCCUCUCAUGGACGAACCCCCCAUAGGGGUUAUUUGCAUCCAGAAAUGGAGCACGCCUUAUUCAUCAUAUGCACUUCUCUCACUAGGAAAGGUUCCUAGCUACAAGAGAGUGCAAAAUCGCAUGCAUGUGCAUCUCAAUCAACUCUUGCCUCACUUGGGAAGGAAGGCAGAGUUGGUGAGUCGGAUCAUCUCUUGCUUCAGCCUCGGAAAGGCUUAAGCAAAGAUCAAAUCAUUUUCAAUUCAUCAAUGCCCCCUCAAGGGGAGGGGCGGCCGAACAAACAGUCUUUUUAUUCAUGUUUGUCACAUAUAUAUUAAUAACUUCUAAGUCCACUUUCAUUUUCAAAAUGUUGAUCUUGAAAUGGCUCAUCUUUUCAAAAUUAAUCUCUCUUGUUUUUAUUUUCUAUAUUGUAGAUGGCAGUAGUAGAUAGUAAUUAGGAAAAUGGGGCAGGGGAUGCCCCAGAUUUUGUUGUUUGAUAACUUUAGCUAGUCUCAGGAUUUGAAAAACUCUGACUAGUAAUAGUUUUGUUGUGGUGAAAAACUAUGUUUUUUUUUCUUUUUUUUUUUUUAUAAAGUAGUAGAUCCUGUCUUCUUUUGGGAAAAGGGGGGUGGGGUCUGAGUGUUUUGUUUUGAUGUAAAUGUAAAAAUAUGGAAUGAUGCACGGGGGGUUCAACUAUUGGAGUUGGAGCCGUUGUGACGUAGUAUUCUGUUAUAGCUAGGUAGAUUAUAAGGUACCUUGUAAGAAACUCCACCAAUGGGGUAGGAGUUUCAUUGCAUUGGAAGUUACCCUCAGAUAUUUUUGGUCUCUUUGGGUUCUUCUACCCUAACACACACCAACCAUGGUUAGGACUCAGGUCAUCUUCAUCCUUGCUUUCUCCCUCUCCCUCCCUCUCUCUCUCUCUCUCUCUCUCUCUCUGGAACUUGACGCACUUUGAAUUCAAGACUUUGGUUUGUAAUUGUAAGCUAGGGAAGACUUCUUGUCAUGUCAUUUGUGUUGGAGUAAUUUAGUGACUGCUUGUUAAUUCGACUACUGAUGGAUUAUGUAACAUAAUUCCUAUGCUUGAGACAAUGUUGCUCAAA